AUGGUGAAGUCAUCUUGUUACGACAACGGAGUGAAGAAAGGUGCGUGGAGUGAAGAUGAAGACAUCAAGUUAAGAGCUUACAUCCAGAGAUACGGCCAUUGGAACUGGGGUUUGCUUCCCAAGUUUGCUGGUGUAUCAAGAAGUGGUAAAAGUUGCAGAUUGAGAUGGAUGAACUAUCUCCGCCCAAAUAUUAAACAUGGAAAUUUUACAAAGGAAGAAGACGAUCUGCUUAUUGAUUUACAUAAAAAGCUUGGAAACAAAUGGUCAACAAUAGCGGCAAAAUUACCUGGAAGAAGCGACAAUGAAAUAAAAAAUCGUUGGAAUACACAUUUGAAGAAGAGAGCUCAGAAUGACCUCACUGAGUCUUCAAAUGAACACUUAGGAACCCUAGAAUACGAUCAGGCUAACCCUAAAGAAAAUCCUGUUAACAAAACAAGUCUACUACAUCAACCGGAAGCUGGAACUUUAUUCGCAGGAGAAUCAUCUGAAUCACCAUCAUACUCUUCACUCACAGAAAUAUCAUCGUGUCAGUUGAGUGGUUCAGAUUGUGCACUGUUUAGUGACUUGACACCACAAACAUUCGAUGAGGAACUUGUCGAUAAUUUCUGGAGUGAGCCAUUUCUAACAGACAUCGAUGCCAUUUUACCAUCAGGAAAAAACUUGUUGUCACCUUUUAAUUUUGACAACGAGUUCAGUUCUCAAUAUUCUUGCCAGGAUUUGAUGAUGACAGAUGAAAGUUUAUGGUCAAUGAUGGAUUCAUAUGUUGAAAACAAUAUUUUCAUAAACUGA